AGUCAUCCCUACCCUCGCCCGGCGGCGGGACCCCAAGGCACCGCUGCGAGCCAGGCGGGCGCUGGAACUGGCACGAGGACGCUCCCGAAGUCGGCCGCCAGAGGGCGCGGCCGGAGCCGGCGCGGCGGAGCCCGAGGAGGGAGGAGGGGAGCCGGCGGAGAAGGGUCAGCCGCGGCGGCACGGGCGACAGCGGCAGCCGCGCAGCUCGGCUCCCCGCGCGUCUCCCGUCCCCGCGCCCCGCUAGGGCGCGCAGCUCCCGCCGCCGGGAUGCUGCCGCCCGCUCGCCGCGGCCGCCGCCUCGCGCUCCCGGCACUGCUCUCGCUCCUCACCUGCUCACUGGCUUUUGCUUUGGUUUCUGAAGAUAUAAAGAAAGAGGUCAAGCAAUCUAAGAAUUUGGAGAAAAGUGGUGUCUCAAGGACAAGUGACAUAGAUUUAAAAGGAAUUGUAUUUGUCAUCCAGAGUCAAAGUAAUUCUUUUCAUGCAAAGAGAGCAGAACAGUUAAAAAAAAGCAUCUUAAAACAAGCGGCAAAUCUUACACAGGAUCUCCCCAGAGUCCUUCUUCUUCAUCAGCUGUCUAAGCAGGAAGGUGCAUGGACCAUACUUCCAUUGUUACCACACUUUUCUGUAACAUAUAGCAGAAAUUCAUCAUGGAUUUUCUUCUGUGAAGAGGAGACAAGAAUACAAAUUCCAGAACUCUUAGAAACACUCAGAAGAUACGACCCAUCAAAGGAAUGGUUUUUAGGAAAAGCCUUACAUGACGAAGAAUCUACAAUAAUUCACCAUUAUGCCUUUUCUGAAAAUCCUACGAUUUUUAAAUAUCCAGACUUUGCUGCUGGCUGGGCCCUUAGUAUUCCACUUGUAAACAAGCUUACCAAGAGGUUAAAGAGUGAAUCCCUGAAGUCCGACUUUACGAUAGAUUUAAAACAUGAGAUUGCCCUCUACAUCUGGGACAAAGGCAAUGGGCCUCCCCUUACUCCAGUGCCUGAGUUUUGUACAGAGGCUGCGGACUCCUACUGUGCUACCACCUUCCAUUCUUUUCUACCACUUUGCGGAAAUCCAGUGAAGAAAGAGGAUAUAUUUUUCGCAGUAAAAACAUGCAAGAAAUUUCACAGCGAUAGAAUCCCCAUUGUAAAGCAGACCUGGGCGGGCCAGGCAAGUGUCAUUGAAUACUACAGUGAUCACACAGAAAGUUCCAUUCCUACAGUAGAUCUGGGGAUUCCCAAUACAGAUAGAGGUCAUUGUGGAAAGACUUUUGCUAUUUUGGAAAAAUUUCUGAAUCAUAGCCAUGACAAAAUUGCAUGGUUGGUCAUUGUGGAUGAUGAUACAUUAAUAAGCAUCUCCAGGCUCCGACACUUGCUUAGCUGUUACGACUCAAGCGAACCGGUGUUUCUGGGAGAGCGGUAUGGUUAUGGCCUGGGCACUGGCGGCUACAGCUACAUCACGGGAGGAGGAGGAAUGGUCUUCAGCAGAGAAGCAAUCAGGAGACUUCUCGCCAGUAAAUGUCGCUGCUACAGCCAUGAUGCCCCCGACGAUAUGGUCCUAGGAAUGUGCUUUAGUGGGUUGGGAAUCCCUGUGACACACAGCCCUCUCUUCCAUCAGGCUCGGCCCGUGGAUUAUCCCAGGGACUACCUUUCUCACCAAGUUCCCAUAUCCUUUCACAAACACUGGAACAUUGAUCCAAUGAAAGUGUAUUUCACAUGGUUGGCGCCCAGAGAGGAGGACAAAGCCAGGCAAGAGACACAGAAAGGCUUGAAGGAAGAGUUGUAAGACGAGCCGGCCGGGGAGCGCCGUUUGCGUCAGAGACAGAAGUGGAGACAGGCAUCCUCCUGCUGAGCUGUGACCAUGCUGCUUCCACCGGCCAUGGGCACUGGAAGCCUUCUGACUUUACGUGGAAAUUACGUAUACGGUAUUUUUGAGGGGGGAGGAAGCAGAGUCAUAGGGAAAACAGGUUUUUUUUUUUCUGGGAAAAAAAUCAUUUGCUUUUGCAUUAUACAGUUACUGUAAUAUACAAUGAUUACUGUGUAUUUUCCAAGCUGCGAUACAGCAGCUUUAUGACUGUCACAGAAAAAUAAAUGGUACCAGAAGUCUCCUUCCUGUUUUCUCUCUUCAUUGUAAAGUGUCAGAUGGGCUUGAGACUGGGAAGACAUGACUGUGUUUGUAUAUAUGCUCUAGGCAUAUAUAUUCUCUGUGUACUAUAUACACACACACGCUUUAUGUAGAAGAGGUAACAUUGGUUGACAUGGAUAUUACCAUGGAGUGAACUUUUUAACCGUAUUAUUGAUGAUGCAAAUCUUCUGGUUAUUCAGCAGGAAUAAUGCUGUAUUAAAUAUCAUUCAUAAAACAUAAAAGUCGAGUCAUGAAGUCCCCCGCAGUCUAUCAUCAGUGUUGUUAUGUUUUAUCUAUUUUUCUGUUUGUGCCUCAUAAAAAGAGAAUAAGAAGUCUUCUGCUCAAGCUUUCUCUUUCUUUAGAGGUUCAUCUGUGUUUCUAUUUCUCCCUGAAGCCCUAUCUUUAUGACCUACUUGUAACACAAAAGUAUACUGGAUGCUGCCAGAAAAUAGUGUUCUUGAUAUUUAAAAACAGUGUUGUCAUGCUUUAUUUAAGUCAGUGAGCUCUGUGUAAGUCUCAGGAAGUGAAUUAAAUUAAUUUGUACCUGAUGUUUUACUUUUAUUUUUCUUUGAAUGUUACUUAGUGACUCUCUCCUGGCUCAUAAUAAACCCUCCGGUGUACCAUGAAACCCUACUGGAAGGACAACGGGGUGGUUUGACAACUUCCCUGGGUUCUUACAGAAUGAGAUUUGAACAUAGUAUUUUGAAACAGCUCUAACUUUCAAACCAUAUCUUUAAUACACAGUAAUUUAACAUAUUUGUUAUUAAUUUGUGGAAAGGACUGUUAAUUAUAUAAUUCAGUUUUUCUAAGGGUGUUUGCAUAAGAUUUGAUUUUCAUAUGUCUUAAACUAAUUUGGUCUAGUAAAAUACUUUCCAUUUUUUUAAAAAUAAAAAUUGCUGUUCACUAACUUUAUUGUAAGGCUUUUAUAGACAAGUGCUGGGUUUUAAAGCCAUACCACCAAAAGUACCCAUGUGUGUUUUUUAACAAUACAUUUUCUUGUACCUUAGGUUGGACUUAUUUCCAAAAUGAUGCAAUCGUAUUUUAACUGUGGUGCCAGAUUAGUAAACACCAGGACUGGUGUGUUUUCAGUGGUCACUGAAUGCGCUGGAUUCAUUUUUGUGAAAGUGGACUCUGUGGCCUGUCCAAGGAACGGAUCUGAGAUGAUCAACUGGAUGAGAAGCACCCUAAAGAUUUCUAGAUCCUGUCAAACUGUUGGUGAUGACAUCAGCAUCGUUGCUGUAGCUGGGAUCGUUGUCAUAGCUACCACGGCGGACACCUUCAUGUCAUCAGGGAGACCACCCCUGGAGGGCCUGGCUGCCUAACCCAGUGGAGAAGAGGCUUGGGCUCUUCCUACUCCUGCCUCCCAACUGUCACACUCAGAAUACAGCACAUUCAUUCAACAGGAGUGAAGCCGCAUCUCUAUGUGGUGACCCACAUCAAGCUUUCUUAGGAUCAGUGCCUUCUACUGAGACCGGAGCACUUUCUCUGGUACUUGUGGGUGUUUUGUUAAUUACGCUUACUUUUUGGAACUAUGUGAGCCUAACCAUGAAUAAAAAGGUCUUUGCCUAAGUUA